CGCCCAAUGAUGUAGGAACCAAACAAUGGAUGCCGCUCUUCCCCACCGGAAAUAUUUACGUGUCGCGUCAGAAGAGCGUGUAAAACGAAUGAAUCACAAGUUUUUGUAAAGCUUUAAACGUAGUAAGUUACAUUUCCUGGAGUUCUGCAGUCUUGUCAGUGAAUGGAGAUGCAGUGCACACUAGUAAGUGUGGACGGAGAUCGGGUGGUUUUGCCUGAUGGUCGAGCUCUUAUGUUUGGUCGAGGUCCUGAAUCUAGAAUUUCAGACAAGAAGUGCUCAAGGCAUCAGGUCAAGCUUGUGGCCGAUUAUGCCAAACAAGAAGUUCUGGUUACACAGCUCGGCCCCAACCCUUCUUCACUGGAUGGUCAGUGUUUGGGUCGUGGUGAGUCUGGAUGUUUGACAACUGGCCAAACGCUGUACCUGGUUAAUGAGUCCUACCCGUUCACUGUGGAAUUUGCCUUUCACUGUGGAAUUCAGCUGUCUUCCUCUCCUCAGAAGAAAGAAAAGAUUACUAAUGAAAGCAAGCAAAGACAGAAAAGCUCCAAAGAAAGCUCGGGCAGCCUUAAAAGAAACAUCCAUGAUUACUUUUCUAAAUCCCCUAAAAAGGCAGCAAAGCGACCUUACAGCCCGGAGGAUGAUGUCCCUCAGCCGAAACGAGGACGUGAAGAUGAGGAUAAUGAAGAUGAAGGUACCUCAGCUGAGCAGAAGCUUCAGCAGUUGCAGGCGUUUGCCCAGAGUGAGAGUGACAAUUUUAAAAGCAGCAAUCCAUCCUCCACCUGCUCUCAGAGUCACUGGCAGCAGAUCGGCAGUCUGAUGCUUUUCACUGCAGCCGGAGUCACUGCCAGCUCCAAAAUCGCAGGGUUUGACAUUGAUGGCUGCAUUAUUACAACAAAGUCUGGCAAAGUGUUUCCCACAGGUCCAGAUGAUUGGAGGAUUCUAUACCCAGAGAUUCAGCCCAAGCUGGCCAGUCUGUUAAAGAAAGGAUAUAAGGUGGUGUUUUUCACCAAUCAGAUGGGUAUUUCUCGAGGCAAACUUAGACCCGAGGUGUUCAAAUCUAAAGCUGAGGACAUUCUCCAGACGCUGCAGCUUCCCAUUCAGGUGUUUGUUUCCACAGCCCCUGGGAUUUACAGAAAACCUGUCAUUGGGAUGUGGGAGCAUCUGUGUGAGAAGGCGAAUAGCGGAGUGAUGGUAGACGUGUCAGAGAGCUUUUAUGUAGGAGAUGCAGCAGGACGUCCCGCUAACUGGGCCCCAGGGAAAAAGAAGAAAGACUUCUCCUGCAGUGACAGACUGUUUGCCCUCAACAUUGGUCUUCAGUUUUACACCCCAGAGGAAUACUUCUUGGGCUGGAAACCUGCUACAUUCAGCUUCCCAGAAUUUGACCCAAGGAAAUUAGACUCUAAAGCACGUCUUUAUGAUCCGCCUGAUGCCUCGCUCACCUCUACCAAGCAGGAAAUCAUUGUCGCUGUGGGAUUUCCUGGAGCGGGCAAGUCAACGUUCUUCCAGACCCACAUCAUUCCAAAGGGUUAUGCGUACGUGAACAGGGACACAAUGGGCUCGUGGCAGCACUGUGUAUCAGCUUGUGAACGUGCGCUAAAGGAAGGCAAAAGCGUAGCGGUGGACAACACUAACCCGGAUCUAGAAUCUAGAAAAAGAUAUAUAGAUGUGGCUCAAAGCGCUGGUGUUUCCUGCAGAUGCUUCAACUUUACAGCCAGUCUGGAUCAAGCAAAGCAUAACAACAGGUUUCGUGAGAUGGUUCCUUCUGCAACUAAGCAUGUUCCUGUCAAUGACAUGGUGAUUCACAGCUACAAGAAAAAGUUUGUGGUGCCCAGCUUGUCUGAGGGCUUUUCUGAAGUCCUGCAGAUCCAUUUUGUGCCCAGUUUCAGUGACAAAAGGUCAGAGUUCCUGUUCAAGCAAUUCUCUGAGGGCUGAAGAGUGAAACUUGUGAGAAAAAUCAUGAAACACAAUGGCUGACUCUAAUUUGUGAAGAAAAUUCUAGAACCUCAUUUAAAAUCAGAACAUUAGUGCCAGUACAAGACUAAUUAUUAUAUUUUAUUGUCUUCUUUAGGUGAUUAAACUUGUCUUUAAUGCUAGUUUUUAAAUGUGGUGUUUGGGAAAUGCAUUCAUGGCUGCUAAAACUGACGGGCUGUAAAGACAAUAGAAUUAAAAUUGUCUUUUAUGUAUAUUAUUUUUUAAACUGGAGAAAUAAUUGCUUGUUUCAGAUUGACAUUCGCAAUAAAUACAAUUAAUAUGCUUCAA